UUAUACCUGGGCAUAUUUCGUGCAUACAGAGAGAUUUGCUGUAUUUGUAAUUGUCCUCUUGACAAGUGUGGUACUUGUCACCUUUACAGGUUCUCGCGCUCUAGUUUGAGUCAAGAAGAAAGACCGCAGAUUUUCAUUGUCAACUUUACAAUUCAAUCCUCCGCUGAUAAUUAUGACUGAAGUUAAGUUGGUUAAAAAUAAAAUCAAAAAACUCUCUACCAGAGAAGAAUUGAAGACUUUCUCCAACGAGGCGUUAAUAGACAGAGUCUUACAGCUGGAAGCGCAUAAUUUACAAUUAAAAAAUAUAAUCACCAAACACAUGCACGAUGAUAACAUCCCAAAUUCAAAUUGUCCUAAGAGCGGCAAGGGAUUUGACUUUUCCAAAAGUCACAAAAGGCAUAUUCUUCUCAAGUUCUACUAUCUGGGCUGGGACUAUCAAGGAUUCGCCACCCAGGAAGACACGAUAAAUACAAUUGAGCAGCAUUUGUUUGCGGCAUUGAAGAAAAGUUGCUUAAUACAAAAUCGAGAAGACUCAAAUUACCAUCGUUGUGGUAGAACAGACAAGGGUGUUAGUGCGUUUUCUCAGGUCAUUUCAUUGGAUGUGAGAAGUAAAUUAAGUCAAGAAAAUAAAAAUAAUCUACAAGAAGAAUUACCAUAUUGUAAAAUAUUAAAUAGGCUACUGCCACAGAACAUUAGAUGCGUUUGCUGGUCUCCAGCUGCUGCCGAUUUUUCUGCAAGAUUUAAUUGCAAACAAAGACAAUAUAAAUAUUUUUUUCCAAGGGGCAAUUUGAACAUAAAUGAUAUGAACACAGCAGUCAGAUAUACCAUUGGCACCCAUGACUUUAGAAAUAUAUGCAAGAUGGAUGUUGCUAACGGAGUUGUGUCUUUUGUAAGAGCUAUUUCAGCUGCUGAAAUUUCGUUAUACUCUAAAGAUUCUGAGCAGGUAGAGACCUCAGGGUACGACAUGUGCCAACUGACUCUGACAGGCCAGGCUUUUCUGUGGCAUCAAAUUCGAUGCUUGAUGGGAAUUCUGCUGCUAGUAGGUCAAGGAAAAGAGAGGCCAGAAGUAAUUCUGGAACUACUGAAUGUAGAGAAGUAUCCCAGAAAACCUCAGUAUAGCAUGGCAUCUGAAAUACCAUUGAAUUUGUUCCGCACUGAUUUUGAAAUCACUGAAUGGAUAUUUGAUCAAGAUGAAUUAGCCCAAGUCAUAAAAACCUUACAAUCAGAUUGGGCUUUAAAUACCAUCAAAUCUGCAAUGACUAGAGAAAUGCUAACAGACAUGCAAGCGAAAUUAACAAAUGCUGAAAAACUAAAUUUCCAAAGCGAUUGUCUAUUGACGGGUGUCAAAUCAAAAAUUUAUCAACCUCUGCUGCAACGAACAACCUGUGAACCCCUGGAAAACAGAAUCGACCAUUAUGUGAAGAAACGAAGGCUGGAAGUUAAGCAAUAUGAACCAGUAGACGGAUCCAUCUCAGAAGAUUCUGAAAGCUCCAUGAAAUACUGUUGAACGAAUCAAAUGAUGUAUUUUUAUCUCUCAUGAAAUAGAUGAUGGUUAUUUUAUAAAUUGUAAUAAUUAUAAACAAAGUAUAUCUAUCCCUUCUGA